AGUUACAUGGCUCGUCUGGAAUACAGUUUCUACUAUAAACGCUGUCAGGCAGGUAAUAAAUACCGUUAGCCACAAUAGCAACAUUUCAACGUGUAAAACAAGUGAUUCAAUAUAUUUGAAGCUGUUUAGUGAAAUAGUGAACUAUUUUAAAGCAAGACGUUUCGCAAAAUUAAGGGGGCAUGCUGACACAACAUCAAGCCAUGCCAGCCAUUGUUCCUGGAGACGAAAAAACUUUUCAAAGGAUACGUGAGGCUAAAAAAUUCUUGCUACCCGCAAGAACCUGUUCUGCUUCGGUUACCUUCAAGGUUUCGCCAGGGAACUCUAUGGAUGGUUUUCGCUGGAGUGAGGCCAGCAGCAUUUGCUUUACCUAUCCUUACAAGCUGUUCGUGCCGCGCCCAUCUAUCCGAAGUCUUAGCCCGACCCGUUGGAUUUACCCUGUUGUAUACGGAGGUGGACUCGUAUCUGGUGACAACGUGUGCCUCAUUCUUACGUGUUGCAAAGCUACCUCAGUCCUCGUAACAUCACAAGCCUUUAACAAGGUGUACAAGGCCAAAGCGAACCAGAUUACACGGCAGACUAAUCACUUCGAGAUACGUCAGGGGGCCCUUCUAUCCGUCUUGCCGGAUUUCAUUGUCUGCUAUGCCGGUGCCAACUAUAGCCAAGAGCAAACAAUUUACCUAGACAAUUCCGAUUCAAACCUCAUCUAUUUGGAUUGGUACUGCUCGGGACGAGUUGCUAAUCAAGAACAAUGGCGCUUCAACUACCUCAGUUCUUCUCUAAAGGUGUAUCUUGGCGAUGAACUAAUUCUGCGUGAAGCCACCAUCUUAGAGAACUUCGAGGAUUUGACCAUCGCCGACCGGAUGUACCAAUUCGAAGUCUUCGGCAUUCUCGUUCUCUACGGCAGAUCAGAAGUUGUGCGUGAUCUUCAAGGCAGAGUUUUCACCGAGCUGUCGGCAAGGGAGGACUUUGGAAUAAUUCCUGAACGAGAAAACUUGUUCUGUACCUCCCUGACAGCCGACAACGUCCGCGUCGUGCGGUUCAUUUGCGCAGAUUCUCGAGCGGCGUACGAGAAGGUUGAUCGUCUUCUUUCUCCACUAUACAAACUCUAUGGAGGUAGUCCGUUCUACAACAAAUAUUGAAAGGUAAACGGGAGCUACUCGACACUCAUAUAUGAUACAACAAAAAUUACCUUAAUCAACAAAGUAUUGUCACUAUGUUUAUACAAGUAAUAUGUUUGUGUAUACUUGUGUACAGAAAGUAUAUUUGUAACAACUAUUAUAUAUAGGGUAUGGAUUAAACUUUGAUGCUUAUAUAUAUAUAUAUAUAUAGACCGAUUUCGCGCUCUUUUAAGAACUUGUUUGGCUGGUAUACAAU